AUGUCGAAACAGAUCACUGAGUAUAAAAGUGUUUUUAAGAUGUUUGAUGAGGAAGGAAAUGGAACAGUGAAGACACAGGAGCUGGAGCGACUGAUGAGUUGAAUGGGAAUCAAUCCCACCAAGAGAGAGCUCCUUCAGAUGGCCAAAGAUGUGGACAAAGAUGGAAAAGGUACUUUUAACCGUGAGAGCUUCCUGGCUUUGAUGGCAUUGAUUCAUGAAAGCGCGAGGGGCCAACAUGCUGUGCUACGAGCUGCUUUCAAGGUGUUUGAGAAAGAGGCCGAGGGAUAUAUCGAGUGGAAUACCCUGAAGUAUGUGUUGAUGAAUGUAGGAGAACCACUGAAUGAGUUAGAGGCAGAGCAAAUGAUGGAGGCAGAUAAAGAUGGAGAUGGAAGCUUCGAUUAUGAAGAAUUUGUGAACAUGAUGACUGGAGGCUCUGUCAAGAUGAGCUAA